AUGGAUACCACGCGAUAUAAAUGGUUCAUUUGCUUUGCACUUUUCUCUGCUGCUAGUGCUCAAAUUUUCCAUGUGGUUGCUCCCAAAACUCUACGUCUCGAUACGGAUGAGAAGAUAGGAGUGGCCUUGGAGGGCAGGUCGAAGGCCAGGGUGAGCGUGCUUAUCCAGGACUAUCCGGGAAAGGCCAAGAACAUAACAGAAACAGUACUGGAUGUAUCUUCAGAGCAACCCGAAAUAUUCAAAGUCCGCUUGCAACCAUCUGCCUUUCCUCGUCAUUUUUUAUCGAAUCCGAGUCCGAGAAAAUAUGUGCUGCUGACAGUUAGAAGCGAAACUUUUCACAAAGAGAUUCCGAUUCCCAUCACUAACGAGGCUGGAUAUGUGUUUAUUCAAACCGACAAACCAAUCUACAAGCCAAAGGAAAGAGCCAGCAUCCGAAUCAUAUCCCUUAAUGAAGAUGGAUUGCCCUCUGAUAAGCCGUUCAAACUUCAAAUCAGGAAUCCGAAGAAUCUGAUCUUCAAAGAGACCGAUUUCAACAAGAAUUUUCGAACACUCUCUAGACUUUCGUUUGAUCAUAGUUAUAAAUUCUCAGAUGGCUCUGAAUUAGGAGAAUGGUCAGCUACUGUACGGUAUGGAUAUGAGCUGAAGCUAAACACAACUGCCUACUUUGAAUUAAAAGAGUAUGUUCUGCCAAUAUUUGCCGUCGAUCUUAAAGCACCUAAAAUUAUUUUGGAAUCCCACGACAACAUUACUGUGUCUGUUUCUGCUAAAUACUUUUUUGACGAAAAAGUGAAAGGCCUGGUGACUUUCCGACUUGGCGUAAAAGAAGAAACUCCAAAUGUCAUUUUCUUUGCUGUUAUCGGACCUAAAGAGCUUCAAGACGGAUACCAUGAGAUCACAGUAAGUACGAAACAAUUAACCAAUCAAACGGACAUUGGUUGCUUUUCAAGAAUAGAAGGAUCCCAUCUGUUUGUCGAAGCAACAGUCGUGGAUUAUGCGACUGGCAGCAGAGCGGUGGCAAUAGAUACCACAGCGCUCUUUUCCAAUUCUCCGUUUGUCAUUUCCUUCAAAAGAAGCUUUGAAGAUUUCAAAGGGGGACUUAUAUCCAUCGUGGAGGCUGACAUCAACUACAUCGAUGGCACGCCUGCAGGAGGCAUUGCUACUCAGAUCAAGGCUCUAGCUGAUGGCAAACCACUUGCCAUUUCUCGGUGCUGUGCCGUCAGCGACGAGGAUGGGAAAGUUUCGUUUGAGCUCCAUCCACAAGUGCAUCACAAUGCCAUAUCCAUUACGAUAGAGAUUGCCGACCCAAGGUUUGCUGGCAGUCAAGCUACUCGCACUUUUGUUCAGCGUCGUUUCAUGUCAAGGGAGAAAGCUUUCAUUGCUUUGGAGAGAAGGAGUGCUUGAAUGUUAAAAGUAUCCAUUUCCUUCCAAUUCGAGAUUAAAGAACCAUUCAGUUUUGGUUUAAUCAAAAUAAAAGGAGCAAACGGCACAUUGAUCCAACCUUUUGGCGUAAAUGAAGCAAUGUAUCCAUUGUCGAAGG